UAUGUGGGCGACGCCGCCACUGUAUAGGAAGGCUAUAAGAACGGCCCGUGCCGAAAUAUUCGUAGUUAACCUGCGAACCUCAUAUCUUUAACAGUGAUCUCAGGUGAUAGUGAUAGCAGAGAAGAAAAAAUGCCAGGACCAUCCAGACCACUGUGGCAGGUUGCCGGUAAACGCGACCCAGAACAGGAAAGGGAAGCACAAGCUUGGAUCGAGCAGGUGAUUGGCGAAAGAUUCCCACCCGUUCCAUAUGAAAUCGCCCUCAGAGACGGUAUCAUUCUCUGCAAGCUGAUGAAUCGCCUAGCGCCCGGCAUAAUCUCCAAAAUCAACACAUCCGGCGGCGACUACAAAAUGAUGGACAACCUCAGCCAGUUCCAGAAGGCGUGCGUGAGAUAUGGCGUUCCUGACGUCGACCUGUUCCAGACUACAGACUUGUGGGACCAGAAAAACAUCGCCCUGGUGACCCAGAACAUUUUUGCCAUCGGACGUACCGCCUACAAACACCCCGAAUGGAGAGGUCCCUGGUUGGGUCCCAGACCAUCUGAGGAGAAUCGCCGUGAAUUUUCGGAGGCGCAACUUAGGGCCAGCGAAGGCAUCAUCGGCCUUCAAGCCGGACAAAACAAAGGCGCCACUCAGGCCGGUCAAAAUUUCGGUGCCUCUAGGAAAAUUAUUUUGGGAAAGUAAAUUAUUGGUUUCCCGUCAAAUUGAAUAACUUAGCUCUAAUUUUGUAUUUAUGAAAGAUAAUUUAUAUUUGUAUAUGUAUUUAUUUGGUGUAUUAAAUUAUAUUGUACCUGCUAUUACUAAAAUUAUUAACUUUGGUAAUUACAUUCGGUUCAAAUAAAUA